AUGCCCGCCUACCAUUCCAUCUUCCUCGAGGACCGGGAUGUUCCCGUAAUAGGAAACUUCCCAGUCCUACCCCUCCGCACCCGCACUCGCGGCCCCGCAUACACCCUCCCCAUGCUCCCACCAGGCACCGCCGACAUCGACGUACAGCCCGACAACGAGUCCUACGACUGCGUCGACGAGAUCCUGUCUCUCUUCCGUGCGAAUGUCCUUUUCCGAAACUUUGAGAUCAACGGCCCCGCCGAUCGCAUGCUCAUUUACGGCACACUGUUCAUCACCGAAUGCCUGGGGAAAGUCAAGCCUACAAUGUCAGCUCGUGAGGCGGAGAAGGCCCUGACCAACGUCGCACUCGAUAACUUCGCUAUUCCCGGCGAUGCGUCCUUCCCUCUCAACCAGGCUUUUGAGCCCCCGCGGGACCGCCAGGAUGCUGAAUCUCUUCGAGCAUACCUUUCCCAAGUGCGGCAGGAAAUUGCGAUCCGGCUGCUUGCAAGGUUAUACCCCGGCGGUGUUGGACCUUCAAAGUUCUGGCUCAGCUUCACGAAGAGAAAGUUUAUGGGAAAGAGCUUCUAG